AGAGAGAGAGAGAGAGAGAAAGAGAGUACAAACCCUUCUCUUUUUCUCUUUGCUUUACGUUCUCGAUUCCUAUCUCAAUCUCCUCCUGCGUCUUUGUGGUCUUCUUCGAACCGUCCUCAUCCUCUCGAUCCGUGCGACCUCAGCUCCUUUUCUAGGGUUUUCAUUUUCCACGCCAUCUUCGCUUUCCUCCAGGGCGUGCUCGACCUCAGAGAGAGGGAGAUCGGGGGGCGACGCCAGCGGCCAAUCCGCAGCAAGGAUUGCGGGAGAAGAAGGCCAGUCGCUACCGGCAGGUGUUGGCGUCAGGAAGUUUCCUAGUUGAGUCCGAAUUGAAGGGAUUCGCGAGGGUUUUUGUCGCCGAUUCGCGGGUGAAUCUCGUUGAGUUUGGCUUCCUGUGAGUGCCGUCUGGGAGUGGUUCGUUCGUUCACCCGAGUGAGGGCUGCUUCAUUGAGAAGUCCUUUGUUGCUGAAUGCUACCAUUUAGGAUUAAGGCUUUUACUUGAAGCAAGCCAAGUUUCUUUUGGUGACUUUUAAAGUUAUCUGUUAUGACUGCUAGUAGUUGAUAAACCUGGAAUAAUUUAGUGAUAUCAAUCAAAAUGCUUGCAUUGUGGGGAAAAUCUUCAUCUAAGGAUGCAAAGAAGAAAACAGUGAAGGAAAAUUUCAUUGACACAUUGCAUCGAUUCAUAAGUUCAACUGAACAGAAAGGCAGUUCAAAAUCAAGGAGGAUUCAGAGACGUAGCAGUGACAUAACUACAGAAAAGGGCUACACAUCAAGAGCAGAAUCACGAUCUACGUCACCCUCCAAGCAUGUGUCUCGCUGUCAAAGUUUUGCAGGUAGACCAAAUGCCCAGCCACUUCCUCUUCCUGAGAUGCCUUCAUGCAUUACACGCACACCGUCUGAAGUCAGUAUAUCAAAGCCAAUUUUGGAAAAGCGUGGCAAACCACAGCUGCAUUUACCCCUUCCAAAGCCUCAUCGCAUUAUGAAAGGGCCAGAUGCUGCUAAUCUUGAUGGUGAUUUGGCUACUGCAUCUGUUUCCAGCAAUUGCUCUAUUGAUAGUGAUGACCCAGGCGAUUCUCAACUUCACAGCCCUGUGGGCAAUGAUUUUGAGAAUAAUAACAGAACUGUUAUAGAUCAUCAUUACAGUGCGGUGCAUAAGGAUCGUAUCUCUGCUACCCAGAGGAGCCCAAAGGAGAUGUCAAAGCCGACAACUUUGUUUUUGGGAAACCAAAUUACGUCUGCAUCACCAAAAUGGGGUGUUCCAAAUAGUUAUCGAUCCAAUAUACAAAUUCCUCGGAAUGGUGCUUUGGGAAGUGCCCCAGAUAGUUCUAUGUCAAGUCCUUCUAGAAGUCCAAUGAGAGUUUUAUGCCCUGAGCAGGUGCCGACUUCAGCUUUUUGGGCAACAAAGCCUCAUACAGAUGUAACUUUUGUUGGAUCUGGCCAGUGCUCCAGUCCAGGUUCAGGACAGACUUCUGGACAUAAUUCAAUGGGUGGAGAUAUGCUGGGACAGUUUUGGCAGCAUAGUAGGGGCAGCCCAGAAUGUUCUCCUAUACCUAGCCCAAGAAUGACAAGUCCUGGUCCUAGUUCUAGGAUACAUAGUGGAACUGUCUCUCCAUUGCAUCCACGGGCAGGAGGCACAGCACCAGAAUCACCUACAAGUCAUAGAUUGCCUCUACCACCAAUAAAUGUUUCUCGCAGCUCUCCCUUUCUUCCAAACAAUUCAGCAACAGCUACUUCUCCCAUAUCUCGUAGCCCUGGAAGGACAGAUAAUCCAACAAGCCCUGGAUCACGGUGGAAGAAAGGAAAAUUAAUUGGUCGUGGCACAUUUGGACAUGUUUAUGUUGGUUUUAAUAGUGAGAGUGGUGAAAUGUGUGCAAUGAAGGAGGUAACCCUGUUCAUGGAUGACGCAAAGUCAAAAGAAAGUGUGAAACACUUGGGACAAGAAAUAUUUCUUUUGAGUCGAUUGCGGCAUCCAAAUAUAGUGCAGUAUUAUGGCUGCGAGAUGAUUGAAGACAAACUUUAUAUUUACCUGGAGUAUGUAUCUGGUGGUUCCAUACAUAAACUUCUUCAGGAGUAUGGUCAGUUUGGUGAGCCAGCAAUUCGGAGUUAUACGCAGCAAAUUCUCUCAGGACUAGCAUAUUUGCAUGCUAAGAAUACAGUCCAUAGGGACAUUAAAGGUGCAAAUAUAUUGGUAGAUCCAAAUGGCCGUGUUAAGCUGGCAGAUUUUGGGAUGGCAAAACAUAUUACUGGACAAUCAUGUCCGCUAUCAUUCAAGGGAAGUCCUUACUGGAUGGCUCCUGAGGUCAUCAAGAAUUUGAAUGGAUGUAAUCUUGCUGUCGAUAUCUGGAGCCUAGGGUGUACUGUUUUGGAAAUGGCUACAUCAAAACCACCUUGGAGCCAGUAUGAAGGGAUUGCAGCAAUGUUCAAAAUUGGAAACAGUAAGGAGCUUCCAACAAUCCCUGAUCACCUAUCUGAUGAUGGCAAGGAUUUCAUAAGGCGUUGUCUUCAGCGUGAGCCAUCCAAACGUCCUACUGCAGCUGAGCUUUUACAACACCCAUUUGUGAAAAAUGCAGCUUCUCUGGAGAAAUCUGUUAUUAAUUCUGAACCUUUAGAUUUGUCAAGUGGUGUUUUAGGUGGAGCAAAUACUAAGUUAUUAUUAAAAUUCCAGACUGUUGGCCAUGCAAGAAAUUUGUCUUCUCUGGACGUGGAAGGAACGUCAAUACAUCGUAUAAGAGCUGGAAUAUCUACCAUAGCAAUGAGCGAUGCCCGUGCAAGGUACAUAUCUUGUCCAGUCUCUCCAAUUGGAAGCCCUCUAUUGAGUUCCAGAUCUCCACAGCAUAUCAACGGAAGGAUGUCCCCUUCUCCAAUUUCAAGUCCUAGAACUGCCUCAGGUGCAUCCACACCUCUGACAGGUGGCUAUGGUGCCAUUCCAUUUGGUCAAUCAAAACAGGGGGCUCGUGAUCAUGAUGGAUCCACUUGCUUAUCAAAAUGUACAAAUGAUAUCUGUGCUAGUGGGAUCAUCUACCAUGAAUCAAAACUCAAUUAUUUACCUGGAACACAGCAAGGCUCACCAAAAAUUUGGGAAAGAAUGGCAUCUGAAGCUGACAUUCUCAGCUCACAGUUUGGCAGGUUCAGACACGGUAAUCUUUGGGAUCCUUAUGAGAAGCAACCUAUGCUGUCUGAUAUGCCUCUUCAGGUCUUGAGAGAUCAAAUUAAGUUUGGGCCAACACAAAAUCUUAGUUCUGGUCCUUCAAUUCCUAACCAUGCAAAUGCUAGUUGACUUACAGGAUUAGUCAGCCAGAUUAUGUUUGUUUUUUGGUUGGUUCUGGCAUGGUUAUAUCAUCCCCAACGACAUAAAAAAAAACUAAUUUUAUAUGGUAAAUAAUGGAAGUUGCAACUGUACAAUCAUUCUUUGUUCAUUGGAGAUAUAAGAAGUGGAUGCAAGUUUCUCAUGUGCAAGGUCCAUCGAGUUUUAUGCUGUUGAAUUGCAGAUUCAGGUGAAUGACUUUGACAGUCAUCUAAAUCUUGCAGCUUCCUUGUCAUGAAGAGUUGAGAUGGUUGAUGGUUGAUGGUUGAAGGAUGAAACCAUAUAUUAGCACCUUAAUAUGUUAGAAGAGCCAGAGACAAUCUGGAAAAUUGCUCCAUCUGUACUUCUGUAUACUCUUUGCGAGGCCAUCCGGUACAGAUGAUAUGGAAAUUGAUUCCGUGUUUGCAUUUUGUGCCACCACGAUCGUCAAAUGAUCCUCUGCCAUUCUGUUUGUAUUUUGCUCCAACGUUGUAAAUCAUCGACCCUAAUCUACUGUUACUCUUUCAAAUUGGAUGUGCAAUGUUGGUGAGGCACUUUGAGCCUUGUCAAUGCUGUAUGUAUACUUGUUAGUAAAUUAAGAGAGAAAAAAAAAAGCAUCUUCUAAUUGUUCUUCGUCUCUA